UAACGUCGAUGUUCGGCAAUUUAAAAAUACAGUGCAGUGUAUUCUUGCUGAAGGGUGCUUCAUGAUGUGGCUUUGAGAAGCGGUAUAUUGUCCGAAAUGUGUUCAUUGAUUACGGUUGGCUUUCGUCGACUGACGAGAUUUUUCUGAAAUUGCAUCGGUCGCACCCCACUGUCAGUUUUUCAGUGAUGGUGGAGUGAAUUCCGCGAAGUUCAUCAUUGAUUGCGCACAAGUGUCAGAAGCUUUACAAACUUUUCGGAACUUUGACACAGCAGACAAAUGAUGAGCUCACAGCCGGCGACUCCUGUGCCAAAACAAAAUAGUUUGUGGAAACGUGGUUCGAUCAAUGUUCCUGGCCGACCGAAGUUAAAGUCCGCUUCGAAAUCGAAGGCAGCUGAUGCAGAUUCGUUUCAGAACUUCACCGAAAGCGUCAGCGAUGCCUGGGACAUUGGGGACGAUGAAUUUUGCAAUCUAUCCAUCGGUGACAUGAUUAUUUCACCGGGAGAAGUUCAUUCCGCGGCUCUUUCGGUUCUGGAGUCACACAAACAGUCCACCCUGAGUGUCAAACCAAAUGCGUGUACCGAUGCUGGUAAAGCAGAAGCGUUGCAGCGUCUGGCGAUGAAAGAUGCUGUCCCUCGCCUGCCUGAUCAUGUUAUACAUCCUAAACACUAUCCGGGUUUUCCGCGUCCCAUCGGACAAGGAUCUACUGCCGUGAGAACUUCAUCCGAAUCUGAAACAAGCUCAGAAGCUUUGAGGAUCCAAAAGUUUCAAACAAUCCUUUUCGAAGGAUCAUCAUCAAUCAACAUGGAAGAAUUGAAAAAACUGAGCUGGUCGGGAGUGCCAAGUGCUGUGCGACCAGACGUGUGGCGGCUGUUGUCGGAUUAUGUGCCUCCAAAUCGUGAUCGUUGGGAAUCUGUGGCAACUAAGAAGCGUGAGGAAUAUUGGAACUACGUUGAGAAUUAUUACAAAACUCGGAGUGAUGAACAGAACGGCGAGACGUACCGUCAGAUACAUAUUGAUAUUCCGAGGAUGGCGCCGUUGAUGCCACUAUUUCAGCAGCCUCUUGUGCAGGAAAUCUUGGAACGUAUUCUAUUUAUAUGGGCCAUCCGCCACCCGGCGUCGGGAUAUGUGCAAGGAAUCAACGACCUCGUGACGCCAUUCUUCGUUGUGUUUAUCUCGGAACACGUUGAGAGGUGUUUGGAACUCACGAGUAACUCUCCUCCGAAUGUCGAUAAAGUGGUUAGUGCCGAAGCGCUGCGUUCCGUGGAAGCGGACACUUUUUGGGGUUUCUCGCACCUGCUGAGUGGAAUUCAAGACCACUAUACCUUUGCCCAGCCCGGGAUUCAGAAGCGUAUUCAUCAGCUCGCUGAUCUUGUUCAGCGCGUUGAUAAAACUCUUCAUGCCCACAUCGCGCGCCAUGAUAUAGACUACCUGCAGUUUGCGUUCAGAUGGAUGAACAAUUUGUUAACUCGCGAACUGUCCCUGCAAUGUACUCUGCGGCUGUGGGACACGUGUCUCGUCGAGCCGCAGGGAUUCGGGUUGUUUUAUCUGUACAUCUGUGCGGCGUUUUUGUUCCAUUGGAGGGACGAGUUGCUGCGGCAGAUGGAUUUCCAGAGUCUAAUGCUUCUGCUACAGAAUUUACCUACCAAGGACUGGACGCCAAAGGAGAUCGAGGUGCUCACCGCAGAAGCAUACAGGCUCAAGUAUGUGUUUGAUGGUGCGCCGAACCAUUUGGCGAAGUGA